CUAAGAGGCCUACACCCCAUCCCUGAUCCCUCAGCUUCAUUAUAAAAAGGGGUAGCUUGCACCUUCAACUUAUAUGCAAAGAAGUGGUUUUUUCUUUAUAAUAAUAUUAGCGUUUACGUUCAAAUAGAGGGAGAUCAAUACUCUCAUUGUUAUUUCUCCCUCUUUCUCAUUCGUAAAUCUAUAAUUUGCCAAAGCUAUUAUAGAGUUCUAAAACCACUGUUUUAAAGAACUGCUUUUUCAGUACUUCUUAAUUUCUGUUUCUUCCCAAUACAAGGAAACAAAAAUGAGUUCAAUUAAUCCUGAGCUUUCCAACCAAGAAACUGUUGUGGAUGUUAAUGAAUUCGUAUCUGUUGAAAACCCAGAUUCUAAACGCUCCAAGUUUGGAUCUUUCUUCAAAAACCCUUACCCUCCUGGGUUUUCCCGAAAGCUCGUGGCGGAGGUGAUAGCAACCUAUUUGCUAGUGUUUGUGACAUGUGGGGCGGCAGCAUUGAACGCGAGCGAUCCACAGAGAGUGUCGCAGCUCGGUGCUUCAGUUGCUAGUGGAUUGAUCGUGACUGUGAUGAUUUACGCGGUCGGACACGUUUCCGGUGCCCAUAUGAACCCGGCUGUCACCAUGGCUUUUGCUGCAACUCGACACUUUCCAUGGAAACAGGUUCCAUUGUAUGGAGCAGCACAAUUGAGUGGAGCAACUUGUGCAGCCUUUACAUUGCGCUUAUUAUUGCGUCCAAUUAAGCAUUUGGGCACAACUACUCCAUCAGGAUCUGAUUUACAAGCUUUAGUUAUGGAGAUUGUUGUUACAUUCUCUAUGAUGUUUGUCACUCUUGCUGUUGCAACUGACACCAAAGCAGUAGGGGAGCUGGCAGGUAUGGCAGUUGGCUCAGCUGUUUGUAUCACUUCCAUCUUAGCUGGACCUGUAUCAGGAGGGUCAAUGAACCCUGUGAGGACUUUAGGACCUGCUUUGGCAAGUGAUAAUUAUAAAGGGCUUUGGGUAUACUUUGUUGGGCCAGUUGUUGGAACUCAAUUGGGGGCAUGGUCAUAUAAGUUCAUACGUGCCAGUGACAAACCUGUGCACUUAAUUUCUCCCCAUUCUUUUUCACUCAAACUUCGAAGGAUGUCGAGAUCAGAUGUUACCGAAAGCAAUCACUGAUAUGAGCAUUGUCUUUCGCAUCGUCUCCCAUCUUUAAAAUAAUUGAGAGAUUUAAAAUGAUGGAAAGAUGUGAAAUUAAUAGUUUGAGUGUUUUAAUGAGCAAUGAUCUCAUGUAUACUAUGCUAUAAGCUUCUUUUAUCUUAUAGUUUAGUAAUGUAUGAGGGUAACUUUUUUAGAGUUUAGCAAUGUAUCAGAAGUAGCCUUUGUAAUUUAACAUCUUCCAUAUAUAUAUAUAUAUAUAUGAAGAUUUUCUACUUUUUGUAA